AUGAUAGCCUCUACUCUGAAUGCAGACAAUAUUGAUCAAGAUGGUGGCGCUAAUGAGCAAAAUGCUGAUCAAGAUGGAGACAUUAACGAACAGGUUCCCAAUGAACAAAAUUUAGGCGCUACUGAGCAAAAUGCUGUUCAAGAUGGAUACGCUAAUGAACACGGUCCUAAUGAUCAAGAUGUAGGUGCUAAUGAGCAAAAUACUGAUCCGGAUGAUGGAAAUGCGAAUGAACGGUGUCCUAAUGAGCAAGAUGUAGGUGCUAAUGAGAAAAGUGUUGAUCCAGAUGGAGACACUGAUGAACAGGUUCCUAAUGAACAAGAUGUGGGUUCUACUGAGCAAAAUGCUGAUCAAUAUGGAGAUGCUAAUGAACAGGUUUCUAAUGAACAAGAUUUAGGAGCUGCUGAGCAAAAUGCUAAUCAAGAUGAAGACACUAAUGAACAGAAUGAUGAUCAAGAUGCAGGCACCCCAAUGAACUGA